UACAUAUCAUGUUAUUCCAUUAUUGCAACCCAACAAAUCUUCUGAUCAUAAACACACCCUAUUUUUCAAUGUGAAUUGAGUCUAAAAGAUUUGGUGAGAGAAUAUGAUCAAACAUGUGACAACAUAAAAAGGGUUUUAUGCUUGCUUCAACUACAGGGUAUCAUAACUCAUACAUACAUACAUACAUACAUACAACAUGAAGAUGAUGAUUUGAUUUUGAGAAGUGGGUGUGUCAGCCAUGAAUGCUACAAGAACCUCCUAUCCUUGCUUGGAUACCAAAUCUUUAACACUUGAAAAUGACAUGUCCAACUCCAAGAUUUACAUUAAACUCGGCCUCAAUGGACGAACCGGCCAAAAUCAGGGAUAUCCUAAAGUUCUUUCCCUUUUAUCUUCACGUCUUCAAAAACAUGUCGAAAAGAACGAGAAGUCGUUGCAAACAACUCAAACUAAAGAUGUUCCAACGAUUUUUCAUGGCUCGAGAGCACCUUCGCUUACCAUUCAACAAUACAUUGAUCGGAUCUUUAAAUAUUCACGGUGCAGCCCAUCUUGUUUCGUGGUUGCAAAUAUAUACAUGGACAGAUUAAUCCAAUCUGAAAGCAUUGUUUUGAAUUCCUUAAAUGUUCAUCGUCUUUUAAUCACGAGCAUAAUGUUAGCUACAAAGUUUAUUGAUGAAGCAUUCUUCAACAACGCCUAUUAUGCAAAAGUAGGAGGAAUAUCAAGAGCAGAAAUGAAUACAUUGGAGAUAAAAUUCCUGUUUGGGAUCGAUUUUCAAUUGUAUGUAAACCUUUUUACAUUUAAAGAGUAUUGUUUGAAAUUGAUGGGUGAAGGUUCAGAAGAUGAGGUUCAAAAUGCGGUUCAUUUGUCAUGUGGAAUCAUAGAGAAAAGGUCCAAGAAUAACGAUGAUUCAACUUAUCCCACUAUUGAAAUCGAAAUCAAAUGAACCGUUGAGUAGGAUCAUGAGUGUGAUACAUGGUUCUUGAAAGUUGUCGCAGAUUGUUUGUAAUUACUUGUGUUUAAUCUAAACAGUUAGUUUUGAAAGUAA